GUUAUAUUUGUCUGUCAACUUAACGAUUUCUUCCAUUCAUUUACUGGUGAAAAAGUAGGUGAUAAUCAAGGAUAAAGAUGACACCAACUCAAUUGUGAGUAAUCAAGUGAGAUUGUUAUGUUAAUCAAUUAGUCAAAUUAGCUUAAAUAAAGAAUAAAUAUUAACAAAAGGUAAACAAAAUUAAGAGAAAACUAAAUCAAACCCAUUGAAAGUUUGCAUAUUAAAUACCGAGCUUUCUGUUCACUUCAAGUCAGUUCAUGUUUUAACUCCAGUUGAUCAACUUGAAACAUCUUUCUCAUCUAACAAAUUGGAAAAAUUUUAUCCAUCAAACAGCCGAAAUGAAUACUUUCACCGUUUUGUGUUUCUUUAUUGUCUCCAUUGCAUGUUCAUCAGCUCAAAAAGAGACCGAACUGAACAACAACGAACCCAAUGUUGAAGCAAGUAAUGGUUAUCCAUCAGUUGCUAGAUCAAGAGUCCGUGCUUCAAAUACCGUUGAGGAUGAUUAUCAUCCAAUGGAACCUUAUGCUUUUGGUUACAAUGUGAAAGACGAUUUUGGUAACAACCAGUACCGAAAGGAAGAGGCAGGUAAUGAUGGAGUAGUCAAGGGUUCAUAUGGUUACACUGACGCUGCUGGUCUCUAUCGUGUUGUUGAAUAUAUUGCCGAUAGAUUGGGUUUCAGAACAAAGAUUCGAUCCAAUGAACCAGGACUUAAAAGCAUGUCCUCAUCACAUGUUACUCUAGACGCUCAAAACCCACCUGAAGCUAUUGCUGCCGCUGCUGCUGCUUCAUCACCAAAAGAAGUUGUUGCUCAUCCUAAACUAUCUUUACCAUCAUUGCCAUCCCCACCAUCACCCAUACCAAGUGGACUUAAUCCUCGAUUCAGAUAUGUUGCCUCUGCUAGUGAGCUUCGACCACAGCCAUCAGAAAAUCAACGAAACUAACCCAAGAAUCCUUACACUUUCAUACCAAUCAAAUUGGUAAUAGACUAUUUUUAUAAGAAAAUAUUGUAAUAACCAAAUACACAAUUUAAAAUUGACUUUUCUUACUCAAUAAAUUAAACUAUUUAACUUAAAUGAA